UUGGAAUUUCCAGCCCAGACACUACCCUUUGUUGACAGCGUAGAUUGGAACUGCCAUACCUGUAGUCAAAAGAUUUCCUUGACUGGCAUAGGGUGACUAGGGAGACUCCGGGGUUUUCUGUUUGUUUUUUGUCCUGAAGCCUUCAAAAGCUUCGAUUCAGUUGAUCAUCUGCUUCACUGUCAAUUAAAUAAUUAGUGGGGGCAAUUUUAGAAUUUGAUUCUCUGGCUUCCUUCGUGCUGACAAUAUCCUUUAAUAGUCUCAGACACAAAGCUAAAAUUGUGCACAGCCCUUUGUUUUCUCACCAUCCUAUUUAUUGCUUGUUAGAUUUUUGAGGGGUUUUUUUUCCUCCCAAGUAAAAACUUUCUUUGUUGUUAAGUAUACUUAAUACCAGCUUUGCAAAGAAGACUGCUUGCUCAGUCGAAGGUAACUAGAUGCCAUCAAAUAAUAGAGAAUCUUAUGGCAGAGCGAAGCCACAGAAGUUGUAUUUUCUGUUUGUCAAAGUAAUUCGUAUUCAACGUAGAAUUGCUGAGGCUGGUUAUUCCACAGACAACACUUUAGUGUGGUGGCUGCUGACCGGUCAAGGGAGAACUCAGACAAGACUUGAAGAGGACCCAGAAUUUAAGGAUUUUGAAGGAACAGAUGUGAAAGACAUGAGACUAGAAGCCGAAGCCGUUGUGAACGACGUUCUCUUUGCCGUUAGCAACAUGUUUGUCUCAAAAAACCUACCCUGUGCAGAUGACGUGGCGUAUAUCAAUGUGGAAACACGGGAAAGAAACAGAUACUGCCUGGAGCUUACAGAAGCGGGCCUUCGGGUGGUUGGUUACGCUUUCGACGAGGCAGACGAUAACAUCCAAACGCCAUACCAUGAGACCGUAUACUCCCUGUUAGACUCUCUUAGCCCAGCGUACCGGGAAGCCUUUGGAAACGCACUGCUUCAAAGGCUGGAAGCUUUGAAAAAGGAUGGACAGUCAUGAUUCAAUCUGUUGUCUCUGCUUUGCUUCUUUGGGAGAGUCCCGUUGCUGGUAGGAAGUCAAAGCAGGCUUGAAUUUGUGCUGACCGCUGUAACCUAAAAUGCAUCUUCAGCUCCGUCUCUCAGGCUUCUGACUCUCUGAACGGUAUCGACUAGCGAACUCUCUCUGUUCUUCCGAUCCACCCGGGGAUUCUGAGGCCUCCGCUCUGUGAUGUAGAGCGUCACUUAAAUGAUUUACUUUCAGGUUUCCCGUGAUGAAGUUCCAUCUCUGCAUUUCAAAAAGAAAACAGCAUUAGCCUCUAGAAGGAGCAGUGCUGUAAUGCCGCCAGCACCCUCUAACUUAGAGAAUUCUAGAUUUUUUUGCACAGUAAUAUAGGGAUUCUACUGAUUAUCUUCAAACUUAAAUUCAGCCUGCUAAAUCAGGGGUACACUACUAGCUCUGACUGAAUUCGUAAUAAUUAAGUUGCUCCAAGCCUUACGGGAAACACACCGUCAUCCUGUUUCCUCUGCACACAUUUUGAAAUUCACUGCUUCACUUAACUGUUUAUAUGGCUAAUGUGGACUGGUAAUGGAAAACUGUGUAUAAUUUUCCUCAUCGUGUUGAGUGGAAAAAACAAGGAUUAAAAAGUUCUAAUUACCCUUGUUUGCCGACAACCAGCCAACCUUUACAAAGGAUAAGCCGUUAGCAAAUGAAUGUAGUAGUUGCUAUCUUAACUUCAAGGGAACUAAGCACAGAUAUAAAUGUAGGAACAGACUCCAUUCUCUUUAGGAUAAAAAAAAAAAAGGGCACCCUAAAUCUGCAUUAUCAGAAAGCUAUAUAUGGAUCUGGUUUCUUAAAAAAAAAAACAACAAAACAAAAACCAAUAUUUUGGCCUGUGUUGAUUCUUAUUCUUCUGAAUGUUUGUUUACAUAAUGUACAGUAUAGAUUUGAAAGUAUUUUUGCUUCAAAGUUACUUUCUAUAAAGUAGUGCUUUGGUAUUCCCUCGAUGCUUCCCCUUUCCCUACAGAUGUACUGUGUCCGGUCUUAAUGCUAAAUCUACAAUGUAAUGUUAGUGCAUUGUAAGGGUUUGAAACCAAAGGAUGUAUGAAGCAUUCAUAGACUACUAUUUGAAAAAUGGAUACUCUAUGUAUUUUGUAUUUUAUAACAAGUAUUAAUAUUUAUAAACCUAUUGAACUGAACCAUGCUGCUAUACAUUUUUCAAGUAUAUGUUGGAUAGGAACGGUUGAGGGUUUUUGGAUUUUUUUUUUUAAGCAGUUACUAAAGCAGUAACUGUAGAAAUGUUGAACUAAAAUUCCAAAUCUGAAAAUUGCCUUCAUAUGUUUACAGUACUUAAAUUUUUAUCCAUUCUUAAAAAUAAAAAAAGUUCUUUUGCUCUGACUGCAUACUAGUCAUUUGAUGCAUGUAAUUUGAGCAAAUUAAACAUUUGAGUGGCCAUUAUUAAUGAAUGUUUUUGCUACAUUUCAGAAGGCUUUUUUAUUGUUAGCCUUGCUUUCAUAUCCAAAGUAUCCUACCCUCCGGGUGGAAAAGUUUCCUGCCUAUUCUCAGGCUAAAUAUGUGGCGUCGUCGUUUUUUUAAAAACAAAACUUUUGUAAAAACAUGAAAAAAACUGUUUCCCUACUUGGAGCUACAUAUAAAGCAAUAAGCGAUCAUGCUAGCACAAUACUGAAACUGGUAAUCAUUUGAACCCAGUUGUUUAGUGCAGUUAGUUCAAUUAUGUAAUGCUGCUUUUGCUAACUUUUGUUUUGGAAUGAUGUGGCUGUCUGCUUUGGAAAGGCAGUUGAAAUUAGUAGUAAAACUAUAUCAAACUAAGUAAACCAAUAAAACUAUUCAAUUAGU